AUAACCAAAAAACAAUAAAAAUAAGGAAUGAAUGACUUCGUCGUAAAAUAACCAAAGUUAGAGACCGAAAGAGAAAUUAAGUAAUUUUAUAAUGAUACGGGCGUAAAUUUCUCUUGAUUUAUCGUGUGAUAUUUCUACUGAAAUCUCCCUUGCAUAACUGAUGAUGCUGCAGCUCCAAUGGCGUUUCUAUCUUUAGACCCUGUAAAACCCAUAUCUACUUGUCUCCGUUCUCAUCUUUUAUCCGAAAGUAAUGGCAAAACUCUUACGCCCUGUCUUCAUUUCCUUAAUUUUCGAGGUAAUUACAGUCCAUUUGCUUCUUGGGUUGCUUCAUUUCGAUGUUUUGAUGGUUCCAAUCCCUUUGUUCUGCUCAAAACCAACAAUAAAACCAGGUUUAUUUGUUCAUCUUCAAAACCCACUUCAGCAAAUGCAAAAAAGUCUAAAGCACCCCCAAAACCAGUUUUCUGUGAGGGCAGGGAUGAAGAAGAGGGCCAGCCCAUAUGUCCAGGUUGUGGGGUUUUUAUGCAGUGUGAAAACCCUGAUUUUCCUGGGUUUUUCGUAGAGAGGGAUAAUGAAGAAGACACGGAAGAAAUUGAUGGCAAUUUUGAUGAUUUUCUUGGAGAAUUCAGUGAAGAAGAAGAAAACGAAGAGGAAGAAGAAGGAGGAGAAUCAGAGGAAGAAGAAGCAGUUACAGGGAGUGGAGAUGAAAAUUUUGAUUGGGAAAUGCCUGAAGUCAUAGAUGCUGAGGAAGAAUGGGAGAAGGAUUUGGAUGGGUUUGCACCAGCUGGUGUGGGUUAUGGGAACAUAACCGAGGAAACUCUUUCUAGGAAGAAGGAGAAGUUGUCAAAGAGAGAGAGGAAACAGAAGUCCAGAGAGGCCAUGAGAGAGAAACCCACUGCAACAGUGUGUGCAAGGUGUCAUUCUCUGCGAAAUUAUGGCCAGGUAAAGAACCAAAAGCUCGAGAAUUUGAUCCCCGACUUUGAUUUUGAUCGAUUGAUUAGCACCCGACUCAUGAAAACUAGCAAUUCUGGUGCAAACACAGUGGUAGUUCUAGUAGUUGAUUGUGUAGAUUUUGAUGGUUCAUUUCCUCGGAAAGCUGCUGAAUCCUUGUUAAAAGCACUCCAAAACGGCUCAAAAUUGCAAAAAUUGCCAAAACUUGUUCUUGUUGCCACAAAAGUCGAUCUGUUACCAUCUCAAAUAUCACCAACUAGAUUAGAUAGAUGGGUUAGACACAGGGCUAAAGCUGGGUGUGCUCCCAAAUUACGUGGGGUUUAUCUAGUUAGUGCAAAGAAGGAUUUGGGUGUUCGAAAUUUGCUAAUGUUCAUUAAGGAGCUAGCUGGUCCAAGAGGGAAUGUAUGGGUUGUAGGUGCUCAAAAUGCAGGGAAAUCAACUUUGAUCAAUGCAUUUGCAAAGAGAGAGGGAAAUAAUAUGACCCAGUUAACAGAGGCAGCAGUUCCUGGAACUACGCUUGGUAUUGUGAGAAUUGGAGGGAUUUUGCCUGCAAAAGCGAAGAUGUAUGAUACUCCAGGUCUUUUGCAUCCUUAUUUGAUGAGCCUGAGGCUUACUAGAGAUGAGCAGAAGAUGGUGGAGAUUCGUAAGGAGUUGCAACCGAGGACUUAUAGGAUGAAGGCAGGACAGACGGUUCAUGUUGGUGGCCUAAUGAGACUCGAUCUAACUCAUGCUUCCGUGGAGACCAUCUAUGUAACUGUCUGGGCUUCACCGAACAUUUCACUUCAUUUUGGGAAGAUAGAAAAUGCUGAAGAACUAUGGAAAAAGCAUGUUGGCACCAGGCUACAGCCUCCCAUUGGAGAUGAGAGGGUUUCAGAGCUCGGAGAGUGGGGGCAACAGGAAUUCAAGGUGUCAGGGAUCAGUUGGGAAGUAAACAGCAUAGACAUAGCCAUAGCUGGGCUUGGUUGGUUCUCUUUUGGGCUAAAGGGGGAGGCAACCUUGAGGCUAUGGAUAUAUGAUGCCAUUGAUGUCACGGUAAGGGAGCCCAUGGUUCUUGAUAGAGCACCUUUCCUUGAAAGGUUGGGAUUUUGGCUACCAAAGGCCAUAUCAGAUGCUAUAGGUAGGCAAAGUAAACUGGAAUCAGAGUUGAAGAAGCUGGAAAAUGAAGGGAAAGAGGAAGCAGCACUCUCAGAAGCAAAGGUUUGAAAAGGAAAUAUUACUUGUUUUUAUAGCUGAUAACUGCAGAUUGGUCCAUGCAUUUUGAUGGCAUGGAUUGGAAGUUCUUCACUGUUGACUGCGAAGGAUUCGAGGCUGAAACGGCUUUAAUGCCUGAGAGAGAGAGAGAGAGAGAGAGAGAGAAAGAGAGGGGUGUCUUUGUAUUUGGUCCCUUGUAGUGAAUAAGAAGCCUUUGUAUGUAGUUUGCGAAACCAAGCACCAUUUUUCAAGAAAUCAAAUUUUCUGUUUUUUUCAUACCCUGCAUGGGUUUCAGAAAUCAAUUUACUUUUAAAGCACGUUUGUGUUUUCCGAUUUUUUUUUUUUCAGAGAGCAUCUUCCCAGGAAAGAAGCAUUUUCUGAUCAUUUUUCACCUGGGAAAAGGCAAUCUAUUGUAGAAAGUGAGAAAAUAUAACUUUUGCUCACUUCAAAGCAUGGAAAAACGGUGUCCAAUCUCUGGUGGUAAGAGCCAUCAUAGUUUGCCUAUACCCUGUGGUCCCCCUGUUUUGCUCAAGUGGCACACCCAUUCGCUUCCAUCUUCAUAUUCUGCCUUGGCUUCCCUCUUCUCCCCAUUAGCAAGAGAACCAAGCUCCUGCUAUUAUUGUUGUUCUUCUCUCUUAUUCUCUGCCUUAUUUGAGCUUCUUCUUCUACCCUUGUUUUGGGUAUGACAAGGGUCUGCCCUUGGUUUUAAAAGAGAGAGAGAGAGAGGGGCGAAGCUUGGUCAUUCUCGAGAGUGAUCAACAGGCUUUAGUCCAGCUUGCUGUGGAAGUUCUGUGCUAGUUGCUGCUCAGCAAUUCUUGAUUGAGGUCUCUUGGUGCUUUGGAAUCCCUUUCUGUCUUUGAACCAAGUUUUUUCAAGCCAUGAGCGAAUAGAAAGUAGUGUGCGUCUCCUUCAAAGCUUCGAGAGUUGAUUUUCCUUUGAAGAUAUUUUGUUGCUCUAUUUGGAUUGUUGUCUCAACCCCAUUUUGCCCACAAGAAACCAGCGUUCAUGAACACGGGCCAAGGUUUUUUUAGUAAUGAAGUUAGUGCGGAUCUUUAUUAAAGUUGCAGUUUGGUGUGGGGUUGUCUUACCCCUCUUGCAAAACGAGAAUUGCUGCCAUUAAUGGAGCUUGGAGGAGUUGCAGUGGAAUAGAGGAGUUUGGAGGAUUAGGUCAGGUUGAGAUAGCAUGGGAAUCUCCGGUCCUGUACUAUGUUCCUCGUUAUUGUACUUGGUUGUGAUAAUGGCCUUCUCAACAACCAAAAAAGCAGAACAGAAACCCAGUCCAACCAACCAAUCGUGCUCACAUCAGCAGCAGCAGCCAUAGCCUCUAUGAACUCUUUGAUUCUAGACCUGUGGAUCGUCCUAAAUUGUUCCCCAGAGCUGACUUGGUCAUGCCAAUGCCGCCGCCGACGAUGGAGAGACUGUUGUAGGCCUUGCCCCUGUUGUAGGCCUUGCCCCGGAAAAUGUGUACGAAGGGCUAAGGCUGGGUGUCAAGCUUGCUCUUGUCUGUGAGACUCUCAAACUGUAUCUUAUCCAGGGCAUUAGCGGCAUUGUUUAUGAGAGUUCCUUGAUUAAGAACUCCCUCAUCGUUGUUGAUGUGAGGUUGAGCACCUAGUUUAUCCCUGCCCGAAAGCGAUCACCUCAGCAUCGUCAGCUAUGACUGUGUUGUUGAUGAUCUCAAUUACUAUUGAUCUAAACCAUCCAUUUUGUAGUCA